AGUUUAAGGGUCCAUCAGCGAUCACAUCCACAUGUUACUGUAGAUACCCAGUAUCACGCUCGUAUGUUAGCUCCUUGCAUCUUGGCCAUGUUUACCCUUCGCCUUUUCACGUCCAUGAGAAUGUGAACACCCAUCAGGUAGAUUCGUGUAUCUAACCGAAUAUGGCAACCCUUUCGGGACAACCAGUCAUCAUCAUUGGGGCCGGGCUCUCGGGGCUGGUGGCGGCCUAUGAACUCACACGCAAGAACAUCCCCGUCACGAUAGUCGACCAGGAACCCGAAGGCAGUCUCGGCGGUCAGGCCUUCUGGUCGCUCGGCGGGAUCUUCUGCGUCAAUAGCGCGGACCAGAGAUCCAAGGGAAUCAAAGAUAGUCGCGAACUCGCGCUGGCUGACUGGAUGAAUACGGCUAAGUUCGAUCGCGAGAAAGAAGAUUACUGGCCUCGACAAUGGGCUGAAGCCUUUGUGGACUUCGCCACGGGUGAUAUGGAGAAGUACCUCAAGAACCUUGGAGUGAAAUUUAUCGUCGUCGGCUGGGCUGAGCGUGGGAGCGGGUCUGCACACGAUAUUGGCAACUCGGUGCCCCGGUUUCAUCUCACUUGGGGGACUGGACCGGAGAUCGUGCGUGUGUUUGCAGAGCCUGUGCUAGCUGCGGAGAAGAAAGGGCUGGUGACGUUCAAGUUCAGACAUAAAGUCGAUGAGCUUGUCGUGGACGAGAAGGGUGCGGCGGUCGGGAUUCGUGGCGAAAUCCUCGAGCCGACUGAUGCGGUGAGAGGGGCGGCUACGUCGCGGAGGGCCGUCGAUUCAUUUGAACUGAGGGGACAAGCUGUGCUGAUUGCCACGGGCGGUAUUGGCGGCGACGUGGAGAAGGUCAAGAAUGCAUGGCCGAAAGAUAGGCUUGGGCCUAACGUACCCAAGUCGUUUGUUGUUGGUGUCCCGGCACAUGUCGAUGGGCGCAUGAUCGAUAUUGCAAAGGAUGCUGGGGCGAAUGUGGUCAAUAUGGAUCGCAUGUGGCAUUACACUGAGGGCUUGCAGAACUGGAAUCCAAUAUGGCCGGACCAUGGGAUCCGAGUCAUCCCUGGACCGUCGUCGAUGUGGCUUGAUGCUACAGGUAGACGAUUCCCACCAUUCUUGUACCCUGGGUGCGCUACGUUACCGACACUAAAACAUAUCUGUUCCACCGGCUACGAUUAUUCAUGGUACGUGACGAAUCGGAGGAUUGUGAGUAAAGAGUUUGCGUUAUCUGGCUCGGAGCAGAAUUACGACCUUACGAAUAAGAGUUAUCUGCGCUUGCUGCAGAGGGCUUUUACGCGCUACGGUACCUACGAGGUGCAGGAUUUCUUGAAGAACGGGGAGGAUUUUGUCGUGGAGAACGAUCUUGCCGCGCUGGUCAAGGGGAUGAACUGGUUGGGAAGCGAGAGGGAAGGUCCCAGCCUCGAAUACGAAUCGAUCCGCAAGGAGAUCGAGGCUCGUGAUACCCAGGCCGAGCGUGCUUACACCAAAGAUGCGCAGAUCAUGUUGAUCAACAAUGCGCGCCAGUAUGGGCCUGAUGCGAGACGUAUACCGAAACCACACAAAAUCCUUGAUCCAUCGGCUGGUCCGCUGGUCGCGGUGCGAAUGAACUUGCUUACCCGGAAGAGUCUUGGUGGGUUGGAGACCAACCUGGACGGACAAGCCAUGCGUCCGGAUGGCAAACCUUUUCCUGGACUGUAUGCCGCUGGCGAAGCUGCAGGUUUCGGAGGCGGUGGUGUACACGGAUACAGUUCCCUUGAAGGGACGUUUCUGGGAGGCUGUAUCUUCAGUGGACGAACAGCAGGGAGAGCCUUGAUUAAUGACAUUGUGCCGGCUGCAAAGUUGUAGGAUAAUAGAUCCAAUGUGAUCCAUGAAUAGAAUGACUGGGCGUCUCUGUGAGAGUUGUUCCGAUGACAGAAGGACAUACUGCCCGACCCUGAUGCUACCUAAGGAGAGCCAACUGGUGGUAGGCAUGAAUGACAAGGCUGAGGUGGACGAGGCUGCGCGAUACGACCUUCGACCUAGUACGAAUAGG